AUGCCUCCUACUUCGCCCGCGCCAUUGGUCAAGGCCGCUCCUUCGCCGCGGGAGACCAUGUCCCGUGAGCGUGAGAAUUGCCCCUUUGACGUGCGCAGAAUGACGUACGCCAUGGGCGGCGGACAAAAGGGUGAGUGUCCAGUUGGGCUUGGGUCACUUUUCGAUUGAAUUGGUGGUGUCGGAGGCUAUAGUACAGUACACGCGGUACGCUUCCUCCCGAUCUCCGGCUCCCGGAAUCGGACAACACCUUGACCACGCCGGUGAUCCCAAUGUCGUCUAGACAUUCGGCGGCCGGGCUCUCUGCACAUCGCUCGCGCCUUAUUGCUCGACAUCGGCAACCAUGCUUUCAGUUACAUUCGAAAGAUAUCCACCUCUUGGGACGAUUCAUAUUGGACCCGACUGGAGCAUCUGCGUCGAUUCGGGUCAUAAGAGUCGUCACUGACACGUGAAAGUCGAUUCCUUUACCUUCAAUUUCCCCCCCUUUCCGGUUCCGUGCUUUCCCGCAGAUGUCGAACUCAAGGAAAUGUUCAUGCAGGUACGUUGAUUAUGUGGAUGUGGAUGCCUUGAGUACCUUCCCAGAACUGACCACGAGCUUUGUGAAUUGGACAGGACAUUGAGCGAGACCCUCUCUUCAAGGUGGGGGCGGCGAUAUCAUGCCGGCACUUUUCGAUCGGGGAGCAAUUUACUGAUGAUGGGUUUGCUCUGUUUAGCUUGCCGAUAUUCAUGACUUGACCAAGAACCAAAUUCGAGAACGCACCAUGGCCAAGUUGUACGUCUGAACCGAGGGAGGUCUGGCGUAUCCAGCGUGAAAAAGUGGCUCAUCCGAUCUAUCGUACCCUCUCGUCGCAGUGCCACAAUGGUUCACUACGUGCUCAACGAACGCCUCGACGUUUUCACCAAGCGCAUGGAACUCGUCGGUAUCGCCGAUCCUUCGUUCUGGACCCGCUACGGUGUGCAUUACGGUCUCUUUCUAGGCGCGAUCCGAUCCGCCGCGACCCCGAACCAAUUCUCUUACUGGCUCGAGAAGGGUGUCCUGGGUCUCAACGGGAUGGUCGGUUGCUUCGGUAUGACCGAGUUGGCUCAUGGGUCCAAUGUAGCUGGGUUGGAGACGACCGCGACCUUUGACGAGACGACGGACGAGUUCGUCAUUCAUACGCCUUCGGUCUCGGCGACCAAAUGGUGGAUCGGUGGUGCGGCCCAAACAGCUACGCAUUGCGCCGUAUUUGCUCAGCUGGUCAUCAAGGGCAAGAUGCAUGGCGUCAAGACGUUCAUUACCCCUCUUCGUAACCCCAAGUGAGUUCAACGGUCGCACUGCGCAAGGGUUUGAUCUAGUCGAGCUGAUGAGUUGGGUUCGUGUUCUUUCAGAACUUUUGCUCUCCUCCCCGGUGUUGCUAUUGGAGACAUUGGCAAGAAGAUGGGUCGAGACGGUAUCGAUAACGGAUGGAUGUGAGUAUUUACCUAGACCAAUUCGCUUGACGGGAUACUGAUUUCCUCAUUCGCCACCCAUAGCCAAUUCACAAACGUCCGAAUCCCUCGCCACUACAUGCUGAUGAAGCACACCCAAGUCACUCGAGAUGGUAGCGUACAAGAACCACCUUUGGCCGCGUUGACGUACGGUGCUUUGCUUCAGGGUCGAACAGCGAUGGUUGCCGAUGCGGCCAACGUUUCCAAGAAGGCGCUCGUGAUUGCGAUUCGGUACGCCAUCGUACGCCGUCAGUUCAAGUCCGGAAAUCGCGAUGUCGAGACGCAAAUCAUCGACUACCCGAUCCACCAACGUCGUUUGUUGCCUUUGCUCGCCCAAGCCGUCGCGAUGGGUUUCACGGCGUUGCAGAUGACGACCAUGUUCGAGACGCUUUCGGGUCAACUCGAGUCGUUGGGUCCCGAUUCGCCACCCGAAGAGACCAAGGAGGUACUCGAGAAACUCAAGGAGGUACACGCGACCUCGGCCGGCUUGAAGGCGUUCUGCACCUGGAACGGCCUCGAGACGAUCGAAAAGUGUCGCGCGAGUUGCGGUGGUCAUGGGUACUCGGCCUAUACCGGUUUGGCGAGCAUGUACAACGACCAGGCCGUACAGUGCACGUGGGAGGGAGAUAACACCAUCUUGACGUUACAGGCUGGUCGAUCGUUGAUCACGGCUUAUGCCGAUGCUAAGGCCGGUCAGACCUUGCCAGGUGGAACGGCUUACCUCAACCGCUUGCCCGAAAUCCUGUCACGCAAGUGCCCUUCGGACGACAAGGCGCUCGAUGCCGACGUCCUCGGUGAAGCCUGGGCCGUCGCUGCUGCCAAUUCGGUCAAGAACGCUGCCGAACGUUUCGAAGAAUACCUCGCCGAGGGUAAGGAGAAGGACGAGGCGAUGGAGUUGACCUCGCAAGAACGUUUCGUCGCGGCCAAAGUCCACACCGCGGGUUACAUUUACCGUCGUUUCGUUGAUGCCAUCAAGGAGUUGUCCGCUACGGAGGACCCUUCGAAUGGGGUCGUCGCGACGUUGGAGAAGAUUUGUCGCUUGUACGGUGCUUGGUCGAUCGAAGAGAACGCGGGUCAGUUCCUCAAGUACGAGUUCUACACCCCUAAACAGAUGGAUCGUAUCACGGCCGAAGUGACGUCCUUGUGUGGCGAGUUGCGUCACUGCGCCGCUUCACUCGUCGAUGCGUUCAACUACUCGGAUCACAUCAUUAAUUCCCCUCUGGGUGUUUACUCCGGCGAUGUCUACAAGGUGUACUUUGACCGCGUGAGGGAAUCGAACCCGCACGAAACGGUGCACCCUUACUUUGAACGCAUCAUCAAACCUUUGAUCGAACGUGAACCGCUCGAGAUCGUAGACGCUGAUGAUGUCGGCUUGGACGAGGAGAUUGAUGAGAUUAGGGAGGAGAGGGAGGAGGCGAAGAAGGAGGCCGAGCAGGCGAAGAAUCAAGGGGUGCAGAAGGAGAUUCAGGAGGAGGUCGAUAAUCAAAGAAAGGAUUGA